UAAGGCUUAAAAGUACGUCUUAUCCAUUAGAAAGCUAUCUACAAAAUUACUACUAUGGCGUGGCCUUAUCACCGAAUGACGUCACACCUUAUAUGCCCGCAGACCUUCAAGCCAGCGCAAUGACAACAAGGUCACUAGAUAAAAUGGCGGCCGGGGUUCCUUCGCACUCUUGUCUAAAAGAACUAAAAUUUUGAAAAACUUUUGGCUGGUGUUUAACCACAUGGAUUCUCGAAAAUGGAGCUGGUGGCAUACGGCAAUUAUCUCGUCUGUUUUAGGCAUUUCUUGCUAUUUAAACACGUUAGACGCUGAAUUUGUCUACGAUGACAGUGUGAACAAUGACAAAGACAAAACAGUCCUUCACCGAAAACAAGCAAUGUAAAAAUUAUAAAGAAAUACCAUUUACUGUACUACUAACAGCCGUGCAAUCCUAAAGAAUGCUGAUCUUCUACCCACUACUCCCUGGAUCAACCUUCUCUUUAAUGACUUCUGGGGGACCCCUCUGACACAUAGUGGUAGCCACAAGUCAUACAGGCCAAUAUGUGUAGCAUCCUUUAGGCUUAACUAUGCCAUUGGGGAGCUCAAUCCGGGGGGGUACCACCUCGUCAAUGUGCUACUGCAUGGGAUGGUGUGCUGGCUCACCGUUGUGCUGAGCUACAACCUGGUAGACUCACAUGUUGUGGGUGUGGUGGGUGGAUUGCUGUUUGCCACCCAUCCUAUUCACACAGAGGCAGUUGCAGGCGUCGUGGGACGCGCAGAUGUAGGGGCGUGCCUUUUCUUGAUCGCCUCCUUUCUCUGUUACAUCAAGUCCUGUGCCCACCCCCUCACAGUCGGCUCUCGACACACACGCCUACGGUGGCUGCUGGGAAGCCUUGUUCUGGCUGCUCUGAGCAUGCUCUGCAAGGAGCAGGGUGUAACGGUACUUGGAGUUUGCGCGGUGCAUGAAGUGGUCUACGUCAGCAAGUUGAAUGUGAAAACUCUACGGAGCUCUGUUAACAAGGCUCUCCACCGUGGGAUGGCUACCCGGCUCCUGUCCCUCGCGGUAACAGCAAUUUGCCUUAUCGUUCUGCGCAUGUUCCUGAUGGGGAAUUCCCCUCCGGAAUUUUCGCCUUCUGACAACCCUGCUUCUAGUUCGGAAAGUUUUCUCACAAGAACGUUAACGUUUCUGUAUCUCCCUGCAUUUAACUUUCUGCUUCUUCUAUACCCAAGGACUCUGAGCUUUGAUUGGUCAAUGGAAGCCAUUCCACUAAUUGAGAAUGUUCUAGAUGUGAGAAAUGUUCUCACAGUGACUUUCUAUGUGUGUUUUAUAUCAUUGGGUUUGUAUUCCUUAAGAAGAACAAUAUUUGAAGAUGCCUCACAGCCCGAAGAGAAUGGAAAGGAUAAUAACUUUAAUUCGUGCAAAAAUGGUUCUAUCACGAGUAAAGCUACAGCGAGUAGAAAUAACAUCAAUGGACACCUUAAAAAGCGCUCCGUCUCACGACACAAAGAUCACCGAAGAAGCGACAAAAGAACAGUAGUAGACGAAACAGCAGAGGAACGACCUUUGUUCUGUUUCCCGGUCAUCGUGACUUCGCUAGCGAUUAUUGUUCUACCGUUUGUGCCAGCCAGUAAUGUGUUUUUCUACGUCGGGUUCGUGGUCGCGGAACGCGUGCUGUACAUACCGAGUGUAGGGUUUUGCAUCAUGGUUGGCGUAGGUGUGGGAGGGAUGUGGUCUAGGUUUAGCAAUAGUGGUAGGAGGGUGGUAUUAGUGGUGGUAGGUGUGGUGGUGGUGCUGUUUGCCGCGAAGACAAUGCAGAGGAAUUUGGACUGGAAGAACGAGGAAGCACUUUACAGGUCAGGCAUUGAUGUGAACCCGGCCAAAGCUUGGGGUAACCUUGGUAACGUAUUGGGCAACCAAGGUAGGACCAAUGAGGCGGAGAUGGCGUACCGCAAGGCUCUAACAUACAGGUCAAACAUGGCGGACACACACUAUAAUCUAGGUAUCCUACUCGCCGGUCAGAAGCGCUACAAAGAUGCGAUCCAGAGUUACGAGAAUGCCAUAACGUUCCGUCCUCGGUUAGCAGUGGCUCAUCUUAAUCUUGGGAUCGUCCUGGAUCAGGUCGGACGAAAAGAAGAUGCCAUCAGGAUUCUUAAAAAUGCAUCGACUAUAAAUGGCUAUGGACUAAAGGACCCCAAGCAGCAUUCACACGCAAUUGCUUCAAUUAAAUACAAUCUUGGAAGAAUUCUUACAGACCUUGGCCGAAUUGAGGAAGGCCUCACUGUCUAUCAAGAUGUUGUUCGCACACGCCCCGCCCACUUUGAACCCCACAGUCUCUACAAUAUGAUCGGGGAGGCUUAUACAAAGGCCGGUCUACUUGAUGAGGCUGAAAAAUGGUACAAUCAGCCGCUGUAUUUGAAAGGUGGUCGUAGUACAGAGGCUCGUUUAUUAUUAAUGUGUCUGUGUUCAGGGGAGGCUUAUACAAAGGCCGGUCUACUUGAUGAGGCUGAAAAGUGGUACAAGCGAUCGUUAGAGUCCAAGCCAAGUCACGUGCCCGCCCAUCUCACACUCGCCAAGCUCUACUCCAAGACGGGUCGUACAAAGCAGGCAGAGGCCUUAUUCCUUAAGGCUCAAUCUCUCGGCCCCCGUGACGUGUCCGUAUGGACUCACUACGGACAGCACCUGUACGAGGGCAAGCAAGUGGCACGAGCCGCGGAGAUGUUCGUCAAAGCCUCUAAGCUAGCUCCUGAUGACUUCGAUAUCGUCUUCAACGCGGCCAACUACCUCAGAGAAUCUGAAAGCUACGAAACAGCGGAAGAGUUCUACCGGUCAGCGGUCAAACUUGACCAAAAGAGUAACAUCGCGCACAUGAACUUGGGCGCCAUUCUUCACUUGUUGGGUAAGCACCAGGAGAGCGAGAGGUACUACCUGACGGCGCUAGAGCUAAACCCGGGUGACACUAUGACCAGGGAGAACCUGAGAAAGCUACGGGCGAUCAUGGCAAAGAAGCAAGCGAGAAGAUGACAAUAUGGUGGUGGUGUCGAUGUUGACAAUGAUGAUGAUCGAUUAUGAUUAUGAUGAUGUUGUUGGUGGUGAUAGUGGUGGUGCUAGUGUUGAUAAUGAUGACGAUUAUGAUGAUCGAUUAUGAUGAUGAUGGCGGUGGUUGUUUUGAUGUCGAAAAUGAGGAUGAACGGUGAUGAUUGUGAUUAUGAUGAUGACAAUGAUGAUGUUGGUGGUAGUGUUUUGAUGUUGACAAUGAUAAUGGUCGAUCAUGAUGAUGAUGAUGGUAGUGGUGGUUUUGAUGUUGAAAAUGAAGAUGAACGGCGAUGAUGGUGGUGGUGUUGGUGGUGAUGAUGAUGAUGAUGAUGAUGAUGAUGAUGUAAUAUUAGAGCGUCGGUGUUGACCACCAUUUUGUCAUCCUAUUAGCUAAAGAGAAAUCUGCCAAAAAAGAGCCAUAGAGCUAAAUCCAUCAUAUCGCCCUAUCUAGAUCCCUUUUUGGGAUUAUAAAAAGGAUAGUUUGGUAAGAAAAAGAUGGGUUAUUUUAUCUUGAAUUAUGAAAAAAAAACUAAGGAGGCUGGCGGAUUUUCUUUAAAAAUGUAUAUUAUUUUUUAAUCAACAUAAACCGCUUGACUCCUGCUGUAUGCGAGUCGAGGUUGCUAUGGUUACAUGUUACCAUGACUACGAUGUUUUGUUUCCAGAUGUAAGUUUAUUUUUUGUAUUUUUUGUUGAUGGCAUCGUAAGAAAUGAUAGAUUUAUAAUAAACGGCGUUUCCCUGAAAA